AUGGCCCUAGCAGAAGCGCAUGACAUCGUUUUAAACCCCAGGGAGGUUGGCUACAGAGGCUUGCUUAUCUUGAUCUUCGCCGAUGAACGAGGCGAGGAUUACGCGGCGAAUAUACGCAGAAUAGCAGGCAUGAUUUUGAUUCUUUCCCAUCCGUCUUCGCUGGCUUCUACCAUGAUGGUCAUUAACAAGGACUGCAGAGCAUCUGCCGAAGUUGAGUUCUAUGAUACAUACCGCCAGGCUUGCAGGUCACCUCAUGGGUCACAGCGUCCUGGAAGCGCUGUCGAAUCUUGCCGGUCCUCUCCGGAACACUGGUACGAAAUUUUUUCUGCAACACUCCACCGCUGGCGCAUAGAUCUGCUUAGUGAAGGCCAAAUACCUUUCGUCACCAUCAUGGUUGCCCAUACGUGCUUUACCGAGGACCUACUUCGCAGAGUGCUUUUUCUCUUGAUAGCGUUGACUCUCGUUCCUUCUCUAGCUACUGAUGGUGCUCAUCGUCCUCAUGAUCAAAGUCGAAACCUUACAACUCCAGGCCUUGGCCCCGCUUAUCUGAUCUCCUGUAAGCUUGGAUGGGGCAUGAUUAUGAGAGAAUUAAUGUAUUAUGUACUAAGGAGCCAUAGGGUUUACACAUGGACAUCUGCCACUUGGAAAAAUCCGAAAAGAAUUGUUGAAAGCUGUUCACUAUGUACUUGCACCGUCAAAGGGUCUUUCACCUCAAAGAUAUGGUCCUUUCCCAACCCAGUAGUAUCACGAGGAGAUAUGAUCAACCAAAUUCCACAACAAAUGGAUAUGGCUAAUCUCACAGUUCAGCUCGCUGUACAACUACCAACUCCAAGGAACAAAAGUAAGGAAACACUUCGCAGGCUCAGAGACUUUGGAAAGACUAACUCCUACGCCCCUUGCUCUAGGUAA